UGGUAUUGGGUGCCAUGGUUAAAAUUGAUCACACCUUAGUAGCCAUAGAAACCCGGCUAAGGGUGUCAGUUUUCUCGCUUGCAAAGCCGAUUAUUAGUGCAAAUUUUCGAUAAUUUCAAGUAGCCACAAAUUACCACCGAUUCUGAGUAAUUAGCGAGCAUGUCCGAAGAAUUAACACCCAUCGCUUUGCACAAGCGGCUCAGCAUUUCACGUGAAGCCGAGCUUUUGCAAAGCUUCGUGGGGGUGCACGUUGACGAUGACGACUCAGUUUCAAAAUCUGAGGAAGUGAAAAUUGAGGAACCCAAAAGUGAGAAAGAAAUUAAAGAUGGCGAUGAUGGCAAGAAAAAAACAGACGAAUCGAUACCGCCCCCACAGGAGCUGAUGAGUGAAGAAAUCAAAAAGAAGGGGAAGAGAAGAAGGAGGCGGAAUGGCACCAGACGUGAAGAACUCUACUGUGACAAAGAUAGAGCUGCAGCUGUCAAUAUGGGGUCUAAGGACAUAAAGCAAUCCUUGAAACUAAAAAGAAAGCAAGAUCGAUCUAAAGCGCUACAAAUUCCUGAAGAGGCGGAGCCUGGCACAUUUUUGGCCUUGGGCAACUACGAAAUGUGCAGGGGGGAUCUUCAAAUUGCAAUAAAUUUUAUGUCAAAGGCUCUGGAGCUGAAUCCGACCGAGAAAAGCGCUCUCGUGGCAAGAAGUAAGUGUUACAUUCUCCUGGGUCAGCCCGAGAACGCUUUAACGGACGCUGAAACGGCCCUCAGCAUCGACAAAACCUACCUGAGGGCGAUCUACCAGAAGGCCGAAGCCCUGUACUACCUUGGAGACUUCGAGCACAGCCUGAUGUACUACCACAGGGGGCUGCACAUCCGCCCCGACCACGAGGACUUCAAACUGGGGGUGCAUAAGGCCCAGAAGGCUAUCGAAAACGCCAUCGGCUCGCCUAACGUUUUCGCUAAUUUGCUGACGCCGAAGCCUGCGUCCAGUCGGUCGGAAAAAACGAAGACGAGCACUCCGGAGUCGACAGAGUCGGGGAAAAGCGGACAGAGGACCACUCCGGGGUCCAGAGCGAAGUCGGGGCGGAAGAGCAGACUGCUGAGGGAGUUGGGGCCCGAUAAGGAGUAUCUCGAUAAUUUGAUGAAGAACCCGAAUUUGAAAUGUAAAUUCAAGGAGGAUGACUCCAGCAUUAUUAAAACUAUCGAAGAGACUGUGGAAUAUUUGAAUGCCAGGCAGGAGUUCUGGAGGCAACAAUUACCAGCACAUUUGAAAUGAUUUUACGAAGUUUAUUUUAUAAUUUGUAAAAAAUAAGUAUUAAAAUGUAGCAAUGUAAUGUUUAUAAAACAAUGAAAUAAAUAGCACGUAGCACUGAGACGAAUAUCCUUAUCGUUAAACAAAUAUUUUUACAAAUUUGAAAAGCAAAAUACUAAACAUUAAAAGCCAAACUUGGCAAUGAACUUUGUACUAAAAAUAACAAUAUUUGAGAAACGUGUUUGUGGCAAGCCCACAUUUUAGAAAAAAUGCUGUUAAAAAUUAACUUUCACGUUACAUCAGUCAAGAGUUAUGAAUACACACAAAGUAAUAAUAGUUUUAAAGAUACAUUCCAGGAGAAUUUGAUUUUUUACGAGUGAUUAUGAUUGCUGAUGAUCAAGUACGUUGAUUACAAAAACAGUGUUAU